AUGGGUGAUAUCUUCAGGAUGAGAAAAGGUCUGUACCUUUUGUUCUUACUCUCUCUGUCUGGAGUGGUGUGUGUCUCAAUUCGCUAUUCUUUGCCUGAAGAGAAGAAAAGUGGGUCUCUGGUGGCUAAUGUGCUGAAGGACUUGAAACUGGGACCAGGGGAGCUCUCUGCUCGCAGAGCCCAACUGGUUUCCAAAAGCCAUAAGCAAUAUUUCCAGCUGGAUAAUCAUUCUGGGAAUCUUUUUAUAAAUGACAAAAUAGACAGAGAAGCUUUGUGUGGCCAGACCGACCCCUGCUUGCUUCUUUCUAAAAUUGCACUGGAAAAACCUUUAGAGGUCAUCAGUAUAGAAAUGAACAUAGAAGAUGUGAACGAUAACUCUCCUAAGUUUUCUAAAAAUGAAUUUAACCUAGAAAUCCCUGAGAAUGUUCCCACAAAUACUCGAUUCCCCCUGGAAUCUGCCCAAGAUGCAGACUUGGGUGAAAACAGCAUCCAGAACUAUACACUCAGUCCCAAUGAAAAUUUUCACUUGGAAAUACAAAGUGGCAGGGGUGGAAAGAAGCAUUUGGACCUUGUUCUAGAGAAACCACUAGACAGAGAGAAGGAGGCUCAUGUCGGGCUGACCCUCACAGCAGUUGAUGGAGGGUUGCCCCAGAGAACAGGCACAGUUCAAAUAAAUAUUAAUGUUCUGGACAGUAAUGACAACUUCCCUGAGUUUACACAAUUUGAAUAUAUAGUCGGUUUAAAGGAAAAUAGCCCUCGAGAUACUCUGGUACUGAAAGUGGAAGCCAGAGAUUUGGAUUUUGGUUCAAAUGCACAGAUCACCUUCUCCUUCCAUCAGGUGCCUGAGGAAAUAAGCCAGUUGUUCUACUUGCAUCAAACUACUGGGGAAAUCACAGUUUUGGGUCCAAUUGACUAUGAAGAAGAAACCAGCUAUUAUAUGAAUGUCAAAGCAACAGAUGGAGGGGGUCUUUCAGGCCACUGUAAGGUCCUGGUGGAAAUCGAGGAUGAGAAUGACAAUGCCCCAGAAGUCUCUCUCAUAUCUAUCUCCAGCACUGUGCAAGAGGAUUCUCCCCUGGACACAGUGGUGGCGCUUUUCAGUGUCACAGAUCAAGACUCUGGGGAGAACAGCAGAACUUCAUGUUCCAUAGACACAAACCUUCCCUUCAUGUUAAAAGCCACUGGGAGUAACAACUACCAGCUUGUGAUCCAAAGUCCCUUGGACAGAGAGAAAGUCCCUGAGUAUAACGUCACCAUCACAGCUACUGAUCGGGGCUCUCCCAGGCGCGCUUCAAGAAGAACAAUUACGGUUUUGAUCUCAGACAUCAAUGACAACUCUCCAGUGUUUGAGAAGUCCAAGUAUGAAAUGCAAGUGUGGGAAAACAACAUUCCAGGCCUUCUGAUGGGUUUGGUCCGUGCUGUCGAUCUGGACGUGGAGCAGAAUGCCAAGGUGACCUAUUCCCUUGUGCCUGGAAAUGCUACUGGUGCUCCUGCGGCCUCUUAUGUUUCCAUCAACUCUGAGACGGGGAAUCUGUAUGUCCUGCGAUCUCUGGAUUAUGAGCAGAUCAAGGAAUUCCAAGUGAGAGUGAGGGCUUCAGAUGGGGGGUCUCCUCCACUGAGCUCGGAAGCUGUUGUUCGAGUUGUGAUCCUGGAUGAAAACGAUAAUGCCCCCUUCUUCCUCCACCCUCUUCAGAACAGCACAUCCCCCUGCAACGAGCUGGUUCCCAAGUCAGUGGAGGCCGGUUACCUCGUCGCCAAGGUGGUGGCUGUGGAUGGGGAUUCGGGCCAGAACUCUUGGCUUUCCUAUGAACUGCUGAAGGCCACGGACCCCGGCCUUUUCAGCAUAGGAGCCCAGAACGGAGAAGUCAAAACCAGGAGACCACUGACGGAGCGAGAUACAAACAAGCAGAGACUGAUUAUCCUGGUGAGAGACAACGGCCACCCUCCCCAGACCAGCACUGCAACAUUAAAUAUUCUUCUCAUGGAUGGCUUUUCAGAUCCUUAUCUGAAUAUUGCAAGCGUCAGUCACGAAGCCGGUGAAGAAGAUGGCUCCUUGACCAUGUACCUGGUGAUCUGCUUGGCUGCGGUGUCCUUUGUGUUCCUGAUUUGCAUCAUUGUGUUUGUUGUCAUCAAAAUGUACAAGAAAGACUCCAGUUUUAUCACCGCCCUUCCUCAGUUCCCACCUGCCUUACCUGAGAUCCCAGAAACUGGUGUCAAUUCUCAGAGUGGAUCACUUUCCCGGACCUACCAAUACGAUGUUUGCCUAACUGGUGGAUCCUUAAGCAGCGAUUUCAGAUACCUUAGGCCUCUCAUUCCUGUUUUUUCUAUGGGGGACCCAAGUGCCUUUGAGAAUCACAGAUUUUCUUCGUUCUCUCAAGAGACUCCUGAGCAGGUGGAGAGAGGAAAACCAAGUGAACAGCCUGUUGGCUUGAAGACCUAG